UUUAUUUAAUUUUUUUUAAACAAGUUUUUCUAUAAAACUUCUUUGGUAGUUCCCGAUUUUUAAUGUAUUGAGCAAAUAUUGGCUAAAAGGCGAAAUCUCCAAAAUAUGGAUUUGAGGUGUGCCGUUUCCUUGUGUUCCGUUUUGGUAUUAUGUAGUGCGGCGAGCUAUCAGCUGGUACCCGGACUAGAAUAUGAUGGUGACAUAUAUGUGCCGCUGCAGUUAGUAGGUUCUACUAAAAGUAACACUCGGGUGGUCAGAUCUCCGAGACGCCACUGGGGUGGCUCUAACGCCAACGCUGAAUCUAACGCCCAAGCUUCUGCGGGAGGAUUUGGAGGCUCGCAUGCCAACUCAAAAGCAGAAGCAGAUGCGCAAGGAGGCUUCCAUUUUCCUGGAUCUGAGUUUGGCCCGGGGGGGCAUAGAGGACAUAAUCGCGGAGGCCAUGGUCGACCUGGAGGAUAUAACCAAUUGGGUGGAGGAGGAUCAGGCGGUGCAAGUAAUGGUGGCGCCCAUGCAGUGAACGGAGGAGCACCACCAUUUGCUGGAGGAGCAUCCGCAGGUGCCAGUGGAGGCGGCGAAGCUAAUGCCAAUGCUCAGUCUCAAACGUUCAAAGGAAACGGGUUUUCGGCAUCUUCGUCGUCUGCCAGCAGUAGUAGCAGAUCUAACGGUUUCCAAGGCGGUGCUAAUAGUCAAGCAAAUGCUCAGGCUGUUGCUCAAGCAUAAUGUCUUCUUCUUUUACCAAUUAAAGAUCAAAUAAAUUUGUUUUAAAGAGUU